GUUUGUUGAUGCGAGAGAGAGGAGGUUCCAGGAAGUCAAAUAUGGAACGCCAUUAGUAUCUCCAGUUACUAUGUUUGCACAUAACCGAAGAUACUAGCGGCGUUCCAUAGUCAUCUAGUUUCCUGUAACCCUGUUGCAGAUCCUAGUAGCAAGGCUUCACACCGCCACGCUUUGCAAAGCAUCUAGGCUUUGCACAACCGCAUGGUGAAAGUUUUUCUGAAUGUAACAUUCGCGUCAUUUUACGCCAACCAAUAAUAUAUCGCGUCAACUUGUGCUAAUUGCAUCAAAUAAUGCUACAUCGCGUCAACUUGUAUGCUAAUUCGCGUCAACUUACGUCAACAACCAGCGGUCAACGUUGCAGCAGACCAGACUGGCAUCAAAAUAAUUAAUGGCGCGAGUGGUGGGCCUAGGCCUGUGCCUAGGUUUUUGCAAGCUCUGUUCACGUGGAAGAAUGAUAUUAAGGUUGAAGCGAUGCUGUGGAAAGAGACUUCAAAUUGUGUUUGUUGUCAUCACACUUGUUAUAAUAACACAGCUUGUAACAUCUGUAUCAUCAUGGGCAACAUGUCCCGUACUCACCUAUCUACCCAUCUCCAGGUUCAUGUGCGCACUUCCGGGUGACAUCCGUGACAACCCUCUACUAGACCAGCAAGGUCUUCCCAGAUUCAAUGCCAUCGGACCAGACCAUGUUGUCCCAGGAAUUACAUUCCUGGUGGAGGAAUGUGAGGUUGAAUUAAAAAAGUUGGAACAUUCAUUAGAAGGUGAAACAAAACGCAGAACGUGGGAAACAGUUGUUGAGGCACUGGAACUACUUGGUUCGCGUCUGUCGUACGGAUGGGGUGUCGUCAAUCACCUGAAUGGCGUUCAGAACAGCGACAAGCUGAGGAAAGCAUUUCAGACUGUACAGCCAGAAGUUGUUAAAGUUUCUAGUUUAGUUGCUCAGAGUCAACCAGUAUAUAAAGCUAUGAAAGAGCUGGAAACCAAUAAUGGCGGCCUUGAUGGGCCUCAGUUGCGGAUCAUCUCUUCUGCAGUUCGUAGUGCAAGGCUAGGUGGAGCUGAGUUAACAGGCUCCGACAGGCUACGCUUCAACAAAAUCAAUCAAAAUCUGGCAAACCUUAGCAAUCAGUUCAGUAACAAUGUUUUAGAUGCUACAAAGGCCUUUGACCUUGAGCUGUCAGACAAGAGGGAUGUAGAGGGUCUUCCAGAUACUUUACUUCAAUUGAUGGCAAGCAAUGCGGCUAAAGAUAGUGCUAACUUUGAGAGUGGUCCGUGGAAGGUAACGUUGGACAUGCCCUGUUUUGAACCCUUAAUGAAACACUCAAAGAACCGAGAGCUGCGUGAACAUGUUUACCGGUCCUACAUUAAACGAGCAUCUGAGGGCACUCAUGAUAAUACACAGAUCAUUGAAGAUAUUAGACAGCUUAGAAAAGAGAAAGCUGACCUCCUGGGGUUUCCAAAUUUUGCAGCGCUCUCCUUAGAAACCAAAAUGGCUUCCAAUGUCCAAAAUGUUUGGAAUCUUAUUAACAGUUUGAAGGAAAAGAGUAGGAAGGCAUCAGAAAUGGAACUUUCUGAGCUGCAGAUCUUUGCAAAUGAGAAUGGAUUCAAUGGGAAAUUGCAACUAUGGGACUUGGCAUUUUGGACUGAAAGACGUAGAGAACAUUUAUUCAAGAUGAACGAUGAAAUACUGCGUCCAUAUUUUCCACUGCCAAAAGUUCUGCAUGGACUAUUUAACUUAACUUCUUUUUUGUUCAAUGUUGAGAUAUUGCCUGAUUAUGAAAGCACUAUAGAGACCUGGCAUCCUGAUGUCAAGUUUUUCAAUAUCAAUGAUGAUGCAGGAAAUAGAAUAGCAUCAUUUUAUCUUGAUCCCUUCAGUAGACCUGCAGAAAAACGUGGUGGUGCCUGGAUGGACAGUUGUCUUGAGAAAAGUGAAAUACUUGAUCGACGGCCAGUAGCUUACUUGGUCUGCAACCAGUCGCCACCAGUAAAUGGCAAAACAUCGUUGAUGACAUUCAGGGAGGUGGAGACACUCUUUCAUGAGUUUGGUCACGGUCUUCAGCACAUGCUUACUAGAGUUCCUUACAGUUCUGCAGCAGGAAUUAACAACAUUGAAUGGGAUGCAGUGGAGCUACCAUCUCAGUUCAUGGAAAAUUGGGUGUAUGAUGACCAAACGAUGAAAGCCAUUAGUGGACACUACAUAACAGGAGAAGCACUUCCAAGGGAGCUCUUUUAUCAGUUAAUUAAAGCCCGCAAGUACAUGGCAGGGACUGGAAUGCUCCGUCAACUGUAUUUGUCGGCCCUUGAUAUUGAGUUGCACACAAGCUCUGAACCGUGGUUAAGUGUGUUGGAUAAUGUAGCUGCUGAAUACUCUGUGAUGAAACCACUUAAGGAGGAUCGAUUUCCCUGUUCAUUCCAACAUAUCUUUGCCUCUGGUUACGCAGCUGGAUACUAUUCAUACAAGUGGGCUGAAGUGAUGUCUGCUGAUGCGUUUGGAGCAUUUGAAGACGUAGGCUUGGAGAACCGCGAUGCCUUAGCUAAAACCGGUCGAAGAUUUAGGGAAACUGUCCUGGCACUCGGUGGCGGAACACAUCCAAGUGAAGUCUUCAGACAAUUCCGAGGGCGCGACCCAUCCCCAGAUGCUCUCCUGAAGUCUUAUGGACUGUCGUGAGCUAUCAUUAAAGACACAACUGCGAAAGCGUUAAGAAUGAUAGAGAAGAUGAAGGGUAGAAAGUUGGCAAGUGCAUCAUCUCAAGUGUUAGAAUGAAGCUUGUAGAUGUGCCUGUUCCAGUGGUUGCUGCGCAGAGCAUAUACAUGUAUCUCUUGCACAUUGCUGGUGUAUGUAGCUUAUCACAUCAGCAUCAUCAUAAUAUUUUACCACAUGGUCAAACAUUAUCUGAAAGAUCACUGUCUUAUCUUUUAAAUUUAUAUUUUGUAGAGCACAUUAGCAAAAAUCGUUCACUACCAUUUGUAAGAGUUGGUCAUUGCAAUAGCGUUACAUGGCUCCCAGCCAAGGUAAUUGCGGCGAAGUUGACUACUUUUAGGAGCAAACGCAAUUCUUUGUAUAGUAACAACCGUGCUUGAGAAAGUAUUAAUGAGUCAGUCUCUAAAGAACAUGAUGCAAUUUGUUACAAUUUAAGUUUGCUUGAUAAUAUAGCUGCAUCCAUACUAAGCAAUCCAAAAUGCCAUUGAAAUAUUGUUUGACUUAGAUAAAACUUACAGAUUAAUUAUUGUA